AUGGAGGCACGACAAGGUCCUCACGGAAAUCGCCAAAUGGGUGGAACAGCAGCGAGUCAAAGCCAACAACAAGCAACUGCCAAAGCCAUAACUUUUGUGAGGAAAGGAGACAAGGCCAAGACCAACACGGUGGCCAAGAACCCACCCUCUACCUUGCAACGAGCCUCCGACUUGGAGUUGAGAGUGGACCUGAAGAGGAAGCUUGUCUUCCCACAGGACAUGGCAGUGACCUCCCUCCGACCAGAUAUGGUCCUGCUAUCCAGGAGAAUGAAAACCAUCAUAGUUGCUGAGCUCACGGUGCCCUGGGAAGAGAGGCUAGCCACGUCCCACCAUCUGAAAAAAGCCAAAUACCAAGACCUGGUCGACGAAGCUGUUUUAAAGGGGUGGCAUGCAACCAGCUACCCCAUUGAAGUUGACUGCCGCGGGUUCCCAGCAAAAUCGGUGCGCUACUUCCUCCAGAGGGUGGGCCUGGAGCCCAAACAGCUGAAGAAAGCCACCAGGGACAUAGCUCCAGCAGCCGAGUCCAGCUCAAGAUGGCUGUGGGUGAAGAGAGCCCACAGUUGGAACCCUUCUGCAGAGGUGCACGGGACCGAGAAUCCGCUCACCAAAAGACCUGCCAUAGAUGCUUGGUUUUGGCAUGAGUCGGCCAGGAAACAACACCAGAACGAGCGCAACGCUAAGAUGAAGAUAAAUCAACCCGAGGUUUUACGGAUCCCGAAAGCGCCUCAGAGCGCCUGUCAGCAGGAGCUGGACGAAGUCUUAGAGGAGAUCUCCAAAAUGACCUCAGAGGAUAACAGAGGCCCGCUGGAGAACCUGUACGAGCUCAAAUUUCCAAACUGUGACAAACAUGGACUGUACAACCUCAAACAGUGCAACAUGUCCACCCAUGGCCAGCGGGGCGAGUGCUGGUGUGUUAACCCCUUGACCGGGGUCCAGAUUCCAGCAACGCCCAAAGUCAGAGGGGACCCCAACUGUAACCAGUUUCACGAGGAGCUCAGGGUGAUGCCCACCACAGCAACGUCAGAAUAACACAGUCCAGCACAUGUGACAGGAUUGUGUUUCCCUCCAAACUCUGGGGAGGCUUUUCCCCUUUAUAUGUUUAUUCUCGCAACAUGAAAAUAAGUCAGCGUUUUGUAAAGCAUCAUCUCUUUUGAAUUUGCAUGACUGUUAAGGUUAAAGCACAAACUAAAGUAACAAAAGAAAGAUGUGGGCAUUAUUCACUUUUUCUUAGCUGUC